UUUUCUUCCAAGAACUUUUAUGGUUUUACAUUUAACAUUUAGGUCCUUGAUCCAUUUUGAAUUUGUUUUUGUGUAUGGCUUCGGAUGUGGAUCUUAUGUCAUUUUUUUCUGCAAGUAGAAAUCCAGGUUUGCCAGCACCGUUUGUGGAAGAGACUGUUCCUUCCCCAUUGAAUGGAUUUGGCACCCUUGUUGAAGAUCAGUUGACCAUAGAUGCUUGGAUUUCUUUCUGGGUUUUCAGUUCUGCUCCAUUGGUCUCUGGAGCUAAGUAGUAAUUUGAAGCCGACUUUCUGUCUAUAACAGAGCCUUUCAUCUUUGUAUGAUUCCUUCUUGUUGCUGGGAUACCCAAAGGCCUUUCAGCUUUGGAUGGCUAGAAUAUAGGAGUUAAAAUUAUGUUGUUUUGUAGAUAUUUCUUUUUUUCCCCAUCUCCAUGUAAUUAACAAGUCCCUUGAAGCAAAAAUAACAGUUUUUCGUACCAUGGGUUUCAAAAAGCAAAUUAUUUUCUAUGUAAGUUUUUUAAUUGUGCAGAUGUGCUUGUGCUCCUGGGAGAAGUGGAUUUUCAGCUUGAAAGAGCCAGUAAUUACAGACUAAUCAGCAUCCUUUAUUUGCCAUGACUUAAUGAUCUUUAAUUGGAUUUGAUUGAAGUGAGCCCCAUGGACAUUAAUUCGGGUUAAAAAUACACAUGCUUUUGCGUUUUUAAGCAAAGUUAACAUGUUUACGAGGAAAGAACGUGUCUUGUUGGUUAAAUCCAUGAAAAUUUAAUAAUAAAUCUGUAACUAAAGAAAAAGCCAAAAUAUUUAUUUGCCGACAAAACUGUAAACUAGAUAACAAGAUAGUCAAAAAAUUAUUGGCCUUUAUACUUUAAUGAAGGAGCCCUUGUGGUUAAGCGCUUGGCUGCUAACUGAAAGGUCUGCAGUUCGAACCCCACUGGGGAGGAGACCUGGCCAUCUGCUUCUGUAAAGAUUUCAGCCUGGGAAACCCUGUGGGGCACUUCUUCUGUGUUCGGUAGGGUUGCUGUGAAUCGGAAUCAACUCAAAGGCACAUAAGAAGACCACACUUGAAUGUACCUGUUAUAUAAUUUUGCUCCCAAUGCAUCCUGCCUUAUGUUUUUAUACUAAAAUACAUUUUUAUAAUUUGAAAAAUGUUACUGAUCUUAUUUCUGAGUUACUGCAAAUGAGAACUACGUGGGCAGGUGAAAACAAAUAGGCCAGGCGUGAAUCAUUUAUUAGGUAAGAUCGAAACUGUCGAUAGAGCAACUGGGACCAAAGAAUCAUUUAAAAGUCAAUAGGAUUCUCUUUUCUUUUAUUAAGAAGCCAAGCCACUGUUCUCCAUUAGUAGUCUUUAAAAAUAAUGACUGUGAAUAAACGUAUUCCCUCACCCCACCCGUGCCCUGAUUUAGUAGACUGUGUUCAUUACAGGAUUGGGGAUGCGGGUUCAGUGUCUCAGGAAGGUGUUAGAGUUACAGGUAAUACACAGCAAGGCUGGCAGCUAUGCUGUGCCGUGCUUUGCCAAGGACAUCACCUAAGAUGGCCUGGAGGAAGAGGUUGUUUUCCAUACCAGCUUGGGGAGCUUAAGCUGCAGCUGACAGCUUACUUUACCUUCCAUGUGCAAAUAAGGCUGUUCUCUGAUAUUAACCUAAUUCGAGGUAUAUAAUAGGGAUAUUUCUCUUUCCUAUUUCUUGAUAGGGAAAUCAGUUGGUUAAAAACAUUUUUUUUUUAAUGCCAGUUUUAAAGAAAGCUCUCUUAACUUGAGUAAAGAUGUUCGGAGAAGGUUCAACCCCUCUUCUUAAAGAUCAGUGUUAUAUUUAGUCUCGGCUUUUAUUUUGGAAUGUGGUGGGGGUUAUCAGUGGUGCUGGGUCCCACUGAAGAAGUUGCGUGGGUGGAGAGUUGCCGAUGCUUCGGUGGCUGUGACUAGGUAUAGCUUUCAGAGCGGUGUUGUUAUUUGGUGCCAAGAUCACCACCGAUCCUGACUCUUGGAAAAGGUAGGCUAUUUAAUGUAUUCUGAAAAAUGUUCACCAUUACUGUCAUUUGAGCAGGAAAAUAUUUAAAAUACUUUUAAUCACUCUGAUGACUGAAAAUUAUGGAUGAAACUUAGAUGUAUAAUUGCUGUACGUAUUAUUUGUAUUUAGGCAGGAAAAAUUGUGAAAGCUGCAGGUAUAUUGUUAACAACCUCAAGGGCUGGGAGAGAGGCAGUCGGAACAGUGAGACACUUCCAUCAGCCUCUAUUUAUUUUAUGUGCUUCUAAUUGUUUCCUGCUGUCCUGUGCUCAUAGUAUGUAGGUCAUGAGAACGAAUCUGAUUUACAAUUACAAGGCAUAUUGUAAAUAUAAGCUGUCUUGAAAGGACUCUGUUGGCUAGAAAUGUCUUUAAGAUUUCCCCUCGCGUUCAGAGGAAAAGCACAAAUAAACCCCAGCGGUGCAAGGGUGCUGCUGCUGCCUGGAGAAUCAGCAUUUAACAUUUUUUCCUCCCUUUUAUAGAUUUGCAUUUCUAAUGCAAAUUUCUAAAAUUUCUAAAAUGCAAAAGUGGGAGAAAAAACCACAGAGAGGUGUUGUUUACUAAAAACCUUAUUGAUUAGCCUUCAGGGAUGGUUUCAUCUUUCCACCGAGGCUCUCCGCAGGUUUUGGCACCAAAGUAAUUUUGAAAGAACUCCGUGUGCACAAGGUUUGCGUCUGAAGGAAGGGUGCAGUCGAUGUAACGCGUGUGACUGCCUUGCUUUCAGAUGGGAUGUUUGUCCCGGCAGGCUUUUAAUGAUUAAAUUUGUUGUCUCUGAAGGCUGUUUACAAACCUUUCAGCUGAAACAGGCAAUACACAAAGUAAGGCUGUGCACACUAACAAGUGUUCAUUUGCCUCCGCCUGCGGGGGGAUUGGCACACUUCCAGCAAGUUUGUUCUGUGUUUAUUUGAUAGGGGAGUGUUUAGGUGGUUGUAUCCAUCUUCCUAAACUAAAUUUGGUUUAGUUUGGAUGAAAAUGGCCAUGUUGGAAGAUGCUACAUUUCUGCUUGUUAUGUUUUAAAAUUGAGAAUUUAAAGUACUAUACAGUACUUUUAUUUCAGACAUCAUUACAGGAUUCUGUUUGUAGGUUAAGGAGCUGUAGGUAGUCAAUACGUGGGCAAGAUUGUUCAAUAAUUCAUGUUCUGAACUGACCCCUCUUCAGGUGCUUUCACUGGAGGGAGGAUUGGAAAGUGCGUCACUUGUAAACAGCAUUUGUCUUCAGUUGUCGCGUUUUAGUGCGGUUUUUAAACAACAGGGAAAAUAAUUACAGGAGUCGACUCUUUUACAUUAAAGGCCACAGAGAAGGCCACUGUGGAUCUGAGUUUAAAAGAAAAAUCGUUCUUUUGCUUGAUAAUUCCUUUCACACCGCCUACCUCCUUAGUCACUGUUACCUGAAAUGCAUGCUAGAAGGCUUGCUAACUUUUACCCUAAGUAGCCGCAGAUGUGGCAGGAAGCAAGGACUGAAAGUGAGUUCCUGUAGCGGUGGCAUGUUUGAACCUCCGCCUGUGUGAAACCAUGGUUAAUAAAAGGAACCCGACAGCCCGCAAAGUACGGUCCCAGCGAGUCUACAUACCGUCUGUGUGCGGUGUGUUCAGAGCACUUUCUCCCUCACGUUUUCCACUUCUUUUUGUUUUAGGAUCCUCAGAACAACCCAUCAGGAGUAGGAGGGGUUCAGGUUUUCUGUAACUGGGUUAGUGAUGGGCCAGCGGGCAGAACCCGGUCCUCCUUCCAGCAGGCCAUCUGGCCAAGCUAAGAAGCCAUCGGUGCUACCUAGUCACGGUUGUGAUAAAACCUGGAGUUUGUUUGCUGCUUUGAUUCCAAAAUUGUGCCGUUUUCAAUAGCUACCUUAGAAAAUAAUUAAAAAAUGAAAGCAUUCGGAAAGAUGAUAUGAAAACAUGCACGAGCACUUCAUAACCAGGUUUUAGUCCCUUUGAAAAUGUGAUGCUUUCAGUAAGAGUUUGCCAGGUGGAUGGGUUGGAGGAAAAGGUCAGGAAAUUAUAAUAUAGACGUGGUGACUUUGUUUUUCAAAGCAGUUUGGUGGUGUGGAUGGGAGAGUGCAAGGGAAGACGGACAGGACCUUCCUUGUGGUGCAAAGAAGCUGGGGGUUUUGUAUGUGCAGCCUGUUUCCUUCUCAGAGGGUUAAAUUUUAAAAAUGGGUGUUGAGGAAAUUGAUCCAGGAUGGUCAGCUUUAAUUUUACCAAAUACAAGAAAAAACAAGAUAACCCAGAUUACAGUUACAAGGCGUAUUGUAAGUAUAAGCUUUCUCGAAAGGAAUGAGAUCAUCACCAUUUCAUAAACAAAGGGCAUUAAUACCAAUAAAAUCAUAAGAAAGAUUUAAUUUCAGAAUAAGGGGAUAGUCCUUUAAAUGAAAUAAAUUUAGCUCUAUUAGAAAUUCACAACCUGCAGUCUUACGUCGGAUCCAGAGUCCCCUCCUGGCACGCCAUGAGACUCCUCCUGUCGCUCCCGGUCCUGGUAGUGGUGGUUCUGUUGAUAGUUUUAGAAGGCCCAGCCCCAGCCCAGGCGGUCCCUGACUUCUCUUGCACCUUGGAGCGCAUCCCAGACAAGCUGAAGGAGUUUGGAAAUACCCUGGAAGACAAGGCCAAGGCAGCCAUUGACAGAAUCAAACAGAGUGACAUUUAUGCUAAGACCCGCAGCUGGUUCAACAAAAUGAAGGAGAAACUCAAAACUGCCUUCUCCUGA